UCAGGCCCUUACCCGGAAGUGAUGGUUAUUGACGCUUGGCAAAGAUGGUGAACUGUUAAUACCCAUUGAAUAAGGGCGAGCGCUUUAAAGUCUACGACUUUUUGUCACGCUCUCCGUUCGCAACAUUACCGGUGGACACAGAUAACUUGAGAUGGACGGCGGAGAAGAUAUGCGAGUGAAUGCUACCCCCUACUGCUGGUCAGCCCGCGAAGGAGGCAACAUUGCUGGCGGCCGCCUGGCUCGACGCAGCAAGAAAUCCCGCAGUCUGAGCACUUCCUCGGCCGGCAGCUCAUCUGAAUACAGGAGGACCCAGUCGCUACACGGGCCGAUCCCUGUGACUACAUUUGGCCCAAAGGCAUGCAUGCUCCAGAACCCACACGCAGUAAUGCACAUUCAGGACCCUGCCACCCAGAGACUGACGUGGAACACGCCCCCCAAGAGCGUCCUGGUCAUCAAGAAAAUCCGAGAUGCCAGCCUGCUUCAGCCUUUCAAGGAACUCUGCACAUUCCUCACUGAGGUCAAAAAGAUGAUUGUUUACGUUGAAAAGAAAGUUCUGGAGGACCCAACCAUUUCUGGGGAUGAAAACUUUGGGACUAUGAAGAAGAAAUUCUGCACUUUCAGGGAAGAUCUGGAUGACAUCUCCAACCGUGUGGACUUCAUCAUCUGUCUCGGUGGUGAUGGAACUCUGCUGUACGCUUCUUCCCUCUUCCAGGUAUGCACAUGUGACCACACAUUGUGCGUCUGCAACACUCGUUCUAAUGCUUUGCUGUCUGAGCAGGAGAGCGUUCCACCAGUGAUGGCCUUCCAUUUGGGCUCCUUGGGCUUCUUGACCCCUUUAAAAUUUGACACUUAUCAGUCUCUGGUCACCCAAAUUAUUGACGGAAAUGCUGCUAUUGUGCUGCGCAGUCGCUUGAAAGUACGAGUACACCGAGAGAGGGAGAAGGCCGUCAUUGUGACCAACGGAGAUGUGGACAGCAGCCACAAAACUGCCAACUAUCAGGUACUGAACGAAGUGGUGGUGGACCGAGGGCCGUCCUCCUACCUCUCCAACGUCGACCUCUUCCUUGAUGGACACCUUAUCACCACAGUGCAGGGAGACGGUGUGAUCGUGUCCACACCCACUGGCAGCACCGCGUAUGCAGUGGCUGCAGGAGCCUCCAUGAUACAUCCAAACGUACCAGCGAUCAUGAUCACGCCCAUCUGCCCACACUCGCUCUCCUUCAGACCCAUCGUGGUGCCCGCUGGAGUGGAACUGAAGAUAAUGCUGUCACGCGAGGCCAGAAACACGGCCUGGGUGUCGUUCGACGGCAGACGGCGCCAGGAGAUCUGUCACGGAGACAGUAUUACCAUCACCACUUCCUGCUUCCCCGUUCCUUGCAUCUGCUUCCGCAACCCGGUCAACGACUGGUUCGAGAGCCUGGCUCAGUGUUUGCAUUGGAACGUCAGGAAGAAGCAGAACUGCCUCAGCUCCGAGGACGACGACCUCAUCUGAUUUUGGGGGUUUGGGUUUUCUUUUACUUUCACUUUGCUCUCUCUCAGCUGUUCUGUGUUUUUAGCUCUCAAAGUGCUUUGGAAACUAUUGUCUCAGUGGUGAAACCAGCACCUUUUUUACCAGCACGUCACAACGGGACGUCCUCAAGUGCAAGCGGCUAAAAACAGCGGAUUUUUCACAAGGUUCACACACACACAAUGACAUCAUUGUAACACUACAACUACCUGCUCAGUGAAAAGGACUUCGCAAACUGUGCCUUACAUAAUUAAUUCCAACACUGAUGAUGAUGAUGAAUGUAUGGAUCUAACAUGUCAACGUUUACAUCACCCUUAUUUUUCUACUUUCAUUCAUUCACAUUCGUGUAGUUUUAUCACUCAGCUGUGUUUUUAUGACCAAUACCAACCAAUUUAUUAUUUUUACACACGACUCCUCUAAAGCCAUAGCAAUACUCGCGUGUGGCCUAACUUGACCUAUCUUGUUGCCAUGGCAACAUUCCGUUGCAUUUGGAAAUGAGCAAGAGGACCAACUAAGCUCUUAAGUCGAAAAGUAUGUACUGUGUAUGUAUUAAUAUAUAUAUAUAAAUAUAGAUAUAUAAAUGAUGCUUUAAUAAGAUGUAUUUUUUAAAUCUCUUAAUAUUGACCUGUUUACAGCAAUGGGGAAAAUAAAUCUUGUUUGCUACCUUUUUUAAACACGUCAACA